ACUAAUUAUAUUCUACAUUUUCGUGAACUAGCUGAGAGAAAGUGGUAAAGAAACAAUGGGCUUUCUACUUUCUGAGGGAAAUCUGGAAAAUUUGACCUGUCACUCUUGUCAGCGUUUUUUGUCUGUUUCUCCAGUGAAAGUCUACUCAAACAAAUAUAUCAAAUGCGGAAGGUGUUCAAAAGAUAACGACCAAGGAGUGAUUUCCUUAUACCAACUAGUAGCAGAAAGAAGCCUAUUCAAAUGUGUCAACAGAUUUGAUGGUUGCAGGACACUUUUAACAUACUCCCAAGUAGUAGAGCAUGAAGCAAAGUGUAUAACGAGAGAGUAUGUCUGUCCUUUCUGUGAAAACUUUGAAGUUCCUACGUUCAUGCUACCGGAACACUUUGAGGAGCAACAUCAGUCUGUAAUUCUGCGCUGUCCCUCCUUUUCUGUGGACUUGGGAAUAACCUCCAAUGAGUAUGAGGCGAUAUUUUUCCACCGCUUCAAAGAUGACCUAUUCAUGAUAUUGUUUCGGCUCGAUAUAGCAGACGAGGUUAUUUUUCUGAAUACUUUCCACUUUGGUGAGAGAUCGAGAGCAGCAAAAAUUGAACAACAGUUUUUCGUACAGUUCACAGGAUCUGAAAUUUCUAUCAGUACUGAUCCAAAAUUCUGUACUCCUUACAGUAAGGAAGGCUUGAAGGAUUGUGGAGAAAACGAUGGAUUCCUCAUCAAGUUUGCCAACAUGUCCAUGGAGAAUCACGUCAACGUAAAAUUGAAACUCAAUGUUGCUGAGAUAGUUGGGGUUUUUACUGGUCCACCUUCAGACCAAAAGGAAUCAAAACCUGCUGGGAUUUUUUCGGCUAGUUCCACUAAAACAGAUGCUCUCAUUCAAUCAUCAAAAUCAACAGACACCGUAGACUUAUCCAUUACUAGCUUGGAUGAAAACGAUAGUUUGCGACACUUCAGAAAACUUUCGGAUAUUUGUUUUCAGAAAAAGCUCACCCUACCGAGAAAAGUUUAUUUAGAUGGCUCCUUUCUGAAGCAUUAUUCAGAGUAUUCCACUGAUUUGGAUUUCUAUAAUUUGAUCACGACAACAUUAUCAGGAAAAGUAGAAAUAAUUUUGUCAUGUUACUUUUGCCACGAGUUGUGUCUUGAUCAAGACACGUAUAUUAAAUCCGUUUUUCUGAGGCAGAAUCAAAGUUACCUUUGGAUAUGUUCUUCCUGUUACCUCAUUUUCAAGAGCUCAGAGGACUACAAGUUCACGUAUUCGCAAGCCAGGCUGGUUUUGGAGUACGAUGUUUACUCCUACAUACUGUUUUAUUGCUAUUGGGGUUGCACCACGGCUUCUUACAACAUAAGCCUUUACAAACACGAAAUCUAUUGUGUAAAUCAGCCAUCACAGUCGUGUCCAGUGAAUCAAUGCACUCAUAUGGUUAAAUUGUUUGAAAUAGAGAAACACUUCAGUGAGAAACAUGCUGGAACUCAGUUCGUCAGUCUGCAGUCAACAUUCAUAACCAAGUUGAAUCGAAAUGAUAAAUACGAAUUCCAGUGGUAUGUUUGGACACCACCUUCAUUCGUUAUGGUGAAGUUUUCCUGGAAUAUGGGAAAUUAUUCCUGGUGUGUGACUAUGGGGAUAUGCGAAGCUGACUCUCAAGUACAACCAACAGUUUACUUGUUUGACAAUGACUGGCAGAUUUUGAAAGUCCUGAAAACAAAUGAAACUGCACAAGAGGAGCAGUAUAUCAGUGAAACAGAAAAUGUAAGAAUCAAAUGUUUUGUCGAACCAAAAUAAUUAGUUUUGCUACUUUGGAAUCAGAAAAUACAACAAAGUAAUAAUAGCUUCAUGAUAACCAAUUACUCUAGUUUUGAUUAGUAGUGUUACCCAUUAGAUAGGAAGUUUCAAGGUACCUACUUCUUCGAAACAUCCGUUCACUUCUUCAACCUCACUUUCAGAAAUCAAAAUAUGGAAACUGGUAUUGAUAUUUGUUAAUAAUAUGUAUCGAUGAAAAAAGUUUCAGUCUCUCAACAUUAUUUACUGAUAUCAUCUGUCAACAAAUUCAAAUGAAUAGGUAUAUUUCCAAGAAUUGAUUUGUUUGUUGUUCACCUGGUAUCAAGUAUUUUCCUGUGUUUUGUAUUUUUUCUUAGGUUUGUAUUUAUACAUGAAAAGUGCAUGUUUUAGUUGAAAAAAGACUUCGUUUUGCAAGGUAGCAUUAUAUAACAAAUUUUAACUGAGGAAUCAUUCAUUCAGUAUCAGAAGUCUCUUUUCAAGAAAUACACUUUCAUAUCAUUUGGGGGAAAUAACUUUCACACCCGAAAACUAAAUAAAGCCGUUAUUAUGAACUGUGUCAACAAUUCAGAUACCUGAAAAGGUACAUCGAUAAAACAUAACCAUCGUUAAGUGAGGCUUGUAUCAAAAAUUGUCUACUAGUGUGAUAGGAUCACUCUGAUCACUCUUUCAAUUGUGGAAAAACAAGUAUCGAACAAAAUCUGUCUCUAUUGAAAACACUAUCUCACAUCAGAACGAAAAUACAGUCUCUCACCUUCUGAUGAUGUUGUUAACUUGAUUAGCAGAAUGCGAGUCGAGAGACAGUAUUUUUGUUCUGGUGUGAUACAAUGGACUCAUUUUCCAAACUAUACUCAUAAAAAAGUCAGUUUCAUUGCAUAGACGUAGGUGGUCAUCUAA